AUGCACCACGUCCUCGCCCGCGCGGUCCGCGCCGUGUCCGUCCCCAAGCCGGCAUUCCUCUCGACGUUCUCGCAGGUUCCGACCAGCUUUGCGCAGACGCCGUCGACGCUCACGCGCCCGCCGAUCCUCUUCAACCCCUACGACGCCUUGGAUGCGGUGCUGGAGAACAUGCGCUUGUCCUCGGAGCCCAUCCCUGGCAUGCAACUCGUAGGUAGAAACUCGCGCAAGCCCAAGAAGGCCAACCACGGCAAGCGCCCGUGCUCGCACGUCCGCCGCCGCUCGCGACGACUGAAGUAA